AUGUCCUCUCCAAAACGUCCCAAUUUUCUCGUAAUCGUCGCCGAUGAUUUAGGAUUCUCGGAUCUCUCGUGUUUCGGAGGGGAAAUCAGCACUCCAAACAUCGACAAAAUAGCACAGGCUAGAAUCCGCUAUACGGAUUUCCAUGCUGCAGCCGCAUGUUCUCCAUCACGAGCAAUGAUAGUGACAGGUACCGAUCACCAUAUUGCCGGUCUCGGAAAUCUAAUCGAGUGGACCAAUAUUUCCGGGCAAAACGAUCCGAGUGGGAAGAUGUCCACGGCGCCGCAGAGAGGUAUGCCAGGGUAUGAAGGGUACUUGAUUGAGAAGGUGGCUACGUUACCGGAAAUUUUGAGAGAUGAUGGAUAUAUGACUUUGGUAUACUUGAUUUCCCUUCUUCUCGUUCCUCAUGAUAACCACCAUCAUGAUAGAGUGCUACUUAAGAUUAAGCUAACCCACUCAGAUGGCCAGAAAAUGGUGCCUUGGUCUGACCCCCGAGCAUUCCCCAAAAGCACGUGGGUGGAGCGAAGUUUUGCUCAUCUCCCUGCCUGCAGUAAUCAUUAUGGCUAUGAACCUCAACUCCACGCUCCCGAUCAAAUCCCUGAGUUUAUGACUAUGAGUUUUAUAGCAUUCCAUAGUGAAGAUGGAGAAUGUGUCAAGAAGUUACCCGAGGAUUGGUACUCAAGUAAUGGGUAUGGAGAUAAGAUGCUUGAAUACCUAAAAGAGAAAAAUGAAAAGAAAGAUGAGAGACCUUUCUUUGGUUACUUCCCAUUCACGGCUCCUCAUUGGCCGUUGCAAGCCCCGCCAGAAUUUGUGGAGAAGUAUAAAGGAGUAUAUGAUGCUGGACCCGAUGCGCUUCAUGUGGAGCCCCAUCCCGUCGUUGCAGAUGAAGUGAAGGAAUGGAAUGAUCUCACUGCCGAAGAGAAAGCAAAGUCGUGUAGAGCAAUAGAAGUAUUCGCUGCGAUGGUUGAAUGUAUCGACUACAACGUUGGACACAAUGGUGCUGAAGGUGCUGCUUAUGAAGCUUAUCCUAUUGUUCAAGGAAGCAUGAUCCAACACUUACAAAAAUACUACAACAAUAGUUUAGAGAAUCUCGGGAACGGAGAUAGUUUCAUUUGGUACGGAUCGCGCUGGGCACAAGCUGCCACAGCAUCGAGUCGUCUCUACAAAGCCUAUACCACCGAAGGAGGUGUUCGAAUUCCGUUCGUUGCUCAAUUUCCCUCAAGUUUCAAUACCCAUACUACCAAUAGUAUAACACACAAUUUCGCCACAGUAAUGGACCUCGCGCCUACUAUCCUCGAAAUGGCUGGAACCCAGCACCCGGCACUCACAUAUCAAGGACGAGAAAUCGUACAUAUGCGUGGUAAAUCCAUGCUCCCCUUCAUAUCCGGCACAUCUCCCCGCAUCCAUGCUGAAGACUUUAUCUCCGGUUGGGAAACCUGCGACCGAGCCGCUCUGCGCAAAGGAUCUUGGAAAAUUGUAUCUAUAUCAAAACUCAAGGGAACCGAAAAAUGGCAAUUAUGCAAUCUCUCUGUUGAUCCUGGAGAGAUACACGAUCUAGCUGAUGCGCAGCCGGAGAAACUGAAAGAUUUGAUCAAACUGUGGGAUGGAUAUGUAUUGGAGACGGGAGUUGUACCGCUUGCGCCUGAGUUGGGAAAUUGGUUGAAGGCGACGGAGGAAUAA